UUACGACAUCACAAAGUCGAGACAGAAUCUAACCAUUUCAGCCGCGUCUUUGAUUCACGGAUCGAGUGCUUUUUGUCGCCGGUGGUUGUGGAAGAACACGAUCUGAACUCCAGCCGUUGUGAAAAUGAUGGCUGGUGGAGCUGUUCAACAUAACGGGAUAUUCACGAAUCCUCACCACCUCAGUCAGCCGCCCCACAUGGAGUCGGAUCCUCCUGAUUCCCGAAAAAGACCACUAGAAACUACCACGGAGGAGGAGAGCAGCACCAAGCGCACGAAUGUAGCGGGCGAAAAAGCAAAUAGGAGCCGCAUUCACAAACCUCCAUUUAUUUAUUUAUUUGUUUGUUUUGCAGAGGAGGGCGAGUACUUCUUGAAAGUGCUGAUCCCCAGCUAUGCAGCCGGAUCCAUCAUCGGCAAGGGAGGCCAGACCAUCGUCCAGCUGCAGAAAGAGACAGGGGCCACUAUCAAGCUGUCCAAAUCCAAAGACUUCUACCCAGGCACAACAGAGCGCGUCUGUCUGAUCCAGGGGACGGUCGAGGCCCUGAAUGGAGUGCACAACUUCAUCGCCGAGAAGGUGAGAGAGAUGCCCCAGAAUGCACAGAAGCCAGAGCCUGUCAGCAUCCUGCAGCCCCAGACCACCGUCAACCCAGACCGCGUCAAACAGGCCAAACUGAUUGUGCCUAACAGCACCGCGGGGCUGAUCAUCGGUAAGGGUGGCGCCACCGUGAAGGCCGUGAUGGAGCAGUCCGGCGCCUGGGUGCAGCUCUCCCAGAAGCCCGAGGGCAUCAACCUGCAGGAGCGCGUGGUGACGGUCAGCGGCGAGCCGGAGCAGAACCGCAAGGCGGUGGAGAUCAUCGUCCAGAAGAUCCAGGAGGACCCGCAGAGCAGCAGCUGCCUGAACAUCAGCUACUCCAACGUGACGGGCCCCGUGGCCAACUCCAACCCCACCGGCUCCCCGUACGCCAACACGGCCGACGUGCUGCCCAACGCCGCCGCCGCCGCCACUGCCUCCACGCUCCUGGGCCAGGCCAGCCUGGCCAGCAUGGGCGGCUUCCCCACGGCCAUGUCCAGCUUCUCCGGCAACGACCUGCUGGCCAUCACCUCGGCCCUGAACACGCUGGCCAGCUACGGCUACAACACCAACACCCUGGGCCUCGGCCUCAACCCCGCCGCCGCGUCCGGCGUCCUGGCAGCGGUAGCCGCCAGCGCUAACCCGGCCGCCGCCGCGGCCGCUAACCUGCUAGCCUCCUACGCCAGCGAGGCCUCAGGCGGCGGCCACCCCGCACCCACCCUGGGGGGCUUCUCGCUGGGCUCUCUGGCCGCCGCCACCGGGGCGUCCAACGGCUACCUGAAUGCGUCCUCCCCCCUGGUGGCGUCGUCCCUGCUGGGCACCGAGAAGCUCACGGAGGGCGGCAAGGAAGUGGUGGAGAUCGCCGUGCCGGAGAACCUAGUCGGCGCCAUCCUGGGCAAAGGGGGCAAGACACUGGUGGAGUAUCAGGAGCUGACGGGCGCACGGAUCCAGAUCUCCAAAAAGGGGGAGUUCAUCCCCGGCACCCGCAACCGGAAAGUAACCAUCACGGGAUCGCCCGCGGCAACACAGGCCGCCCAGUAUCUCAUCAGCCAGCGAAUCACGUACGAGCAAGGCGUCCGCGCCACCAACCCACAGAAGGUGGGCUAAAGCGAGACUUGAGGAGGGGGAGGAGGACAGCCUGAAGGACACAGAGAGGAUCCAGAGUGAGACAAGUCAUUUGAUAUUAGUUCGGUGGACAGGUAUUUAAAUAUGGGGCAAUUGCAAUGGGCAAGCU